CAAAAAUCCAACCACUACUAUAAAUAAAAAUAAAUUAAAUUGAAAUAAAAUUAUCUCGAAUGGCUACCUCCCACCAUGAAACCAUAAACCAUCUCCGCCAGUGAACGAAACCAAAUCACAUAAAUAUCCCGAUAACCGUCUCUAAUCUCGCCGGCACCGGCGAUUCGUUUAUAUUAUUCAUAUAAAAAUUUAAAAUAUCCGAACACAAAUUCAUAAGAUGCGAGAAACGCUAGCGUCAACGUCGUCUUCAACAUCACCGGCGACGGCGUCCGGUGGUGUUCCGCCGGCUGAAUCGGCUUGGAUUACUACAUGUGAAAGAAUAUCACCUCGCUGGCAAUCAUUCGCACUUCCUCCUCAGGCUGCAAUUCCGAUUGUGAUAUCCAGAGUUAACCAGGUGGAUGCAGCAAGGCUUGAUGUAGAGAUGUCAGCCAUGUUGAAAGAGCAAUUGGUUAAGGUUUUCUCUGUAAUGAAGCCAGGAUUAUUAUUUCAAUACGAAGCUGAACUUGAUGCAUGCCUUGAGUUUCUUAUAUGGAGGUUCUCCAUAUGGGUUGAUAAACCUACACCAGGAAAUGCUCUCAUGAAUCUAAGAUAUAGAGAUGAACGGGCCAUUGAGAUGAGAGAAAAAGUUAGAACGGGCUUGGAGGGACCCGGGCUCACUAUGGCUCAAAAGAUAUGGUAUUGUAUUGCCACAGUUGGUGGCCAAUAUAUAUGGACCCGUCUACAAUCCUUUUCUGCUUUUCGCAGAUGGGGUGAUUCUGAACAGAGGUCUGUGGCUAAUAGAGCUUGGUAUAUAAUACAACGCAUUGAAGGGUUUUAUAAAGCUGCAUCUUUCACCAAUUUGCUUAUAUUUCUAUACACCGGGAGAUAUAGGAAUCUGAUUGAGAGAGCUCUACGAGCCAGACUUGUUUACGGGAGCCCUCAUAUGAACCGCGCUGUUAGCUUCGAGUACAUGAAUCGUCAGUUAGUUUGGAAUGAAUUUUCGGAAAUGUUGCUGUUACUGCUUCCUAUUCUUAAUUCGGCUUCAAUUAAAAGUAUUUUUCGUCCGUUUUCAAAGGAUAAAUCUUCAGGUUCCACCGGGGAUGAAACCCAAUGCCCCAUUUGUCACAUUAAUCCGACCAUCGGAUAUGUAGCUCUUCCAUGUCAGCACAGGUAUUGUUACUAUUGUCUUAGAACACGGUGUGCUGCAACAACAUCAUUUCGGUGCUCGAGAUGUAGUGAACCAGUUGUUGCGAUGCAACGACAUGGUUCCAUCAACACAUAGUAAGUAAAUCAAGUAUAUGCUACAGCAAAAAAAAUAUUGAAGGGCUAGUACAAAUACAACUACAUAUUUGUUGGAAAAAACAUUUGAAAAAAAAAAUUUGUUUUUGAUUUUUUUAGCAAUAGAAAAUUCUUCCAUGGAGUCUGUUUGGAAAUUUAAAAGCGAUUAUUUGUGUUAUUGUAA